GGUUAUUUGUACACAACCCGCCGUCUCUUCCCCCCAUUCGACGUUCACUCAACCAUCGGAUGCUUCUAACCGAACUAUCUGCUGCUUGGGUUAAAGAAGUUGAAGAUUAUGAAGCUCGCAUGUAUGACUAUUUCACUGAAUGCUCCGUCAAGUUGCGUGAGUGGUAUUCUAAAGGUGGUGAUGAGUCGGAGGCGUACAGACAGGAGUAUACUCGCCUUUCUGAUGAGUACCAGCAUUACAUCCAAUAUAUCCAACAACUGAGAGAUUUUAUGAAAAGGAAUGAGAAGCCCCUCUCGGAUGUCAACGAGGUCCCUCCGAAGGCCACCGAGCCACCGGUGACCAUGUGCCACCAACCUGUUAUCGGCACUACUGUUUCUGUCGCACCUGCUCAACUACCAGCAGUUUACAACGCGGCUAAUGCGGCCGCAUGCUACACCAAAUACUAUCAAGACAUGAUAUCGUACUUUGACAAGCUUUUGACCACUUUAGAGGCAACAGAGCCCACAGAAACCCAUGCUUCCCAGAGUGAUGAUGCACCAGAAGACGAAGUGAGCUCAUUUUUCUUUUGCUACGACCAUUUAUCCUAGGAUUAUGAGGAGGACGCAGUACCAGAUGAUGCUGAGCUGGAUUCUCCUUUUGAAAACGGUGAUCUUUGUUCUGAUCCACGGGCCGUUAUGGAACAGUACUUUGAACGUUUCGGUGAAACUGGGAAGUGGGAUUGGGCUUCAUGGAACAACUACCUAAGUUGGAUUGCCCGAACCAAUCCACAAUGGUACGCAAUCUUCUUGGAAUACAGUCAAUCGCUUGGAAUUGACUGGGACCAGAUGUAUGAUCGAUGGAAAACAUCAAAUCCCUUGGCUAAUGAAACCUAUGAGGACUCGAGCGCAGGUCCGAUCGAUGUCGCUGCUAUUCGCCCGCCAGACUUGAAUCAGCCCGUUUACCAUGGUCUCUUGUUCGGUGUCGAUUCCCAUCAGCAAGAAGCAGAGGAGGACGAUGGGGAUGAUCUGUUUUGCCGCACGUGCCAAAUGCGAUUCGGCACAGACCGUGCCUUCACUUUGCACUUGCGCGGCGUCACUCACAUCCAGCGUGCAUUGGAAGGUCUGCAGCGACGUAAUCCAGAGCAUAUCGACAGGGGCAUCGUACAGCAGCCAGAGGAGAAUGGGGCUGCGAGGCACUACGCGUGGUUUCAGCGGCAGUAUAUGCAAAAGACGCAGUCCGAGUUCAUUCGUCCAGGAUCGCUAUAUUGCGAACUUUGUAGUGUACAGAGUACGUCUUAUAUCACACUCCAAGCUCAUCUAAACGGCAAGAGGCACCGGGAAAACGUGGCACUUUUUCACUCUAACGGUGAUGCAUCACAACUCAAGGACAAACGACCAGUUCCCACAAAAACUACCGCCCGCUUACAGACCCUGCUGGAUGUGUGCACCCAACCACUUAUCGGGCUCAACUACAUCGUUGAGAGACAGUUUGGCGAUGAAGAAGAGUGUGCAUACUUUUGUGAAUUGUGCAGCGAGCGUCUUUGUCGACAAGAUGCCAUCAAGCACGUUUGUGAUGUGGCACAUCGCACGAAUUACAUGAAAGCUCACUACCCCGGCAUGUGCGCAAUUGUCGCCAGUGACCAAAGUACUUUAUCCAUGCGUAUGAAGCGUAUAGACUUAUUUGCUCGCAAAAUCGAAGAUUUUGAAGGACGGAAACGGGUCAAAGUGAAGCGGCUCUCUGCCUUUGACGCAUUACGCCGAAUCUGGCGUCCACUGGAUGAAUCGGACCAUGCACCACUGCAGAUGCCUCGAUGGACCACGAAGGCCCCCAAAGCGAAUGUUCAGCAGAAUGCCGCUUUGAAGAAGCCAGUGAAACCGGCUUCCGUCAAAGAACAGUCCACUGUUUCGACAAAACAGCCUGCAGAACAUCGGAAACCACCAUCCGAGGAUUUGGAGGAAGGCGAAAUAACGGAAGACUCAUCCGAUGAGGACGAAACCGACCAGGUGAAUGCGACAUCUGGAGAGAAGAACGAAUCCUCCGUGUUCCCCACCGGCCCCAUUCUCAACGGUAACAUACACGAAUGUGCUGAGUCAGCGGACUCCACGAUGGAGGAUGUUUGUCCGGAAGACUUCCUACCACAUCCAGUGGCUACCUUCCGGGCGGAUACCGAGUGUGAAACUUUCAUUGAAACGCUCAGAAAAGAUGGCUUCCUCAAUUUGGGCAAGGCUACUGUGGAAAGCGAACAAACAGACAAAUCCUCCAACGAUGUUGCUGUCUCCCAUAGCAGUUCCGUGGACGAUCAGUUUGCUCGUGAGGCCGAAUGGGUUUUGAGCCGGGUUCGUGAGCGUCAAAAGGAAGAAGAGGAGAAUCGUCGCCAGGUAGCCGCUUCAGUUUCCGCUGCAGCAAAAUCCCAGGCGUUGAUGGCUUCCGCUGAAGAACGCCGCAUUCGCGUCCAACGUGGAUUGGAUGCCGUGGAGGAGUCGAGACGAGCACUUGAUUCAGCUACCAUAUCAACGCCAUCGCGCUUCUUCUCUAAUGAGGAGUAUGAGGAAAACGCUGUCCCGUCAAGCCGUUCCCCUGAACCCCAACCUUCACCCACGCCGUUGGAAGAGGAUAUUGAUGAGCGCACAUCGUCCUCACCUAUCAUCGACCCAGCAUGUCUUGGUCUCUUGGGUCCCAUGGAUCCCAGUCGCAAGAAACUCGCUGUGUCUAGUGGUGCUGUGGAAAUUAUUCUGUCUGCUCUAGGCGCAUUGAGAGAUGCUGGGCAAUUACCUGAAUGUUUUGCCCCGAAAUUAAAUUCUCCCCCAUCUUCUCCAUCACCGAAAGCCGAUGAACCCACAGAACCCACUGCGCCCGCGGUUAAAGUUGGUCUACUGGGUCCUGCUUCAACACCAGUUAGCUCAGUACCAAAACCUGUCAUUGUGCUGCAACCCAGUACCAUUCUUCCUGUAUCGACCUCUCGCGGCGAACACCCACAACCGACCAAGGUUACUGUUCCUUCUUUCCAAGUGAAUGCGGAUCCCAGGAGCGGGCUGUUGAACCCCAAUCCGUCUGGUCCACUACCGGUGUUAAACAACGCCCCGCUUCUCCCUUCACUCCCAAAGAGCAAUGUAUUUGGCGCUGGACUUUUCGCUCCUGGCCUUCUGGAUAUGCCGGAUGUGCACCCACGGAAUCCCGGUGUUGGGCUCCUCGGUGACCCGUUGCCACAUCGACCCUCUAUUAUUGUGCCGAUUACCACCACAACAGCACCUCCGAAGAAGGACAGCUCACAUCUCAGUCCCAAGACAUCAUCUCCCCAGAUCAGCGCUAAGGUACCCCGUUUGGUGGUGGAUAACUCAUCAGAUGAUGGUGCUGGUGUUGCCGAUCCACCUUCGGAGCCCAAAAAGGAAGAGGAAGAUCAAACACCAGCUAUGAAUGUCGCCUCUUACAUGAAGGCCACCACUACUACUGAGUCGUCGGAAGCCAUAUUUGAUGCGUACGCGCUCUAUUCACGGCGUUCGCAAGAGCGCAACAAAGUUUCUACACCUUCUCGUCCUGCCGACGAUGCUCGUAAAGGUGAUUCCACGAAACAAGUUUUCCGGCGGGGACGCUCCAGAUUUUCUGGUCCAGUUGGCACACAGAGUGGUCGAAAGCUGUCAGUGAUCGCAGACCUUCUGGGUGUAAAUGAACCUCCAGCCCCCCAUCCCAAAGCUUCUCCAGCCCAUUCAUCACGUCCUGCACCGAAUAGCAACGACAGACCGAAUCCUUCAUAUUGGCAGCAGAAAAGAGAAUCCUCCUAUCUUGUCCCCUACUCUUCGGACUCUUCCCCAGCUCUCUCACGUAUUUCAUACUAUGUCCCAAAAGACCAGACAGAUUCUCGGUCAUCAGCGCUACCGCCCCUACCACACCGAAACUCCGGUUUCGGUUCGCGUUCUAUCGGUGCCGUUCCACGGAAUUAUCUCCCUCCGCAGCCGCCCAAUAUGACAUAUCGCAUCAUGCGUUCGCAGCUGGCUAUGACUGACUUCACAAGGCACCUGUAAUGCUAUUUUCCGCGAAAGUCGGCUUGAUUCCUGUAUUUUUACACAUUCACUGGCUAUUUUACACUCAUUUGUACACACACACACAUCUUCAUUCUGUACGUUUGUAUCGAUUUCUAGUUUCCAUCCGGUAACCAUGAAUAGAUAUACACACGUAGUCACUCGG